AUGUUAGAUCAAAGAGCAAUUUGGUCAUCUGUUAAAAAUGUAUCUGUUUUUACUGCUAAAAAUUGGUCCUUAUGUAUUAGCGUGAGGUGGUCAGCCAUUGCUGCCAUGUUACCAGGAAGAACAGACAAUGAAAUAAAGAAUCAUUGGCACACAAAUCUCAAGAAGCACGUUAAACAUAAGCCCUCAACCACGAAAUUUCACGAUAAAUACACCAACAAUCAAAACCUAAACGACGAUCAUCUUCAAAUAAACCCCAUCAUUCCGCCAUUGAUCCUCGAAAGCUCACCACCACCACCAUUAUCAACCAAUACACAAAGCCCCUUCACCACUACAGAUAAUUCAGUUGAAUCGACCAAAGCUGACUCUGUUUCUGAUUUUUGGUCCGAACCAUUUCUGUUAGACAUUUUGUCGGACGAUUUGCCGACGAUGGGUGCUUCCGCAGGCUUUGAAUUGGAUCUUCUUGAUGGAGAAAUCUUAUCACCCUUCGGUUUCUACGAUCAUCUUGACCCCUUCAGCUUCUAA